CACUGGAAUUGUGUUGAAGGUUCACAAUGACUACAAAUGAGCCACAGUAUAACCUACAUCUGACGCCCUGAUGCGCUUGUUGGUGCUCUGUAGCGCGCUGUGCCACGCGCUGGCCUUGCGCGCCCCGGAGCUGCGGCCGCCGCACCGCGACGUGGCGACCAGCUCGGGCGUGGCGCGCGGGUACCUGACGCGUCGCCCGCCGCACUACGCCUUCCUCGGGCUGCCCUACGCGCGCCCGCCUCCUGCCCACGCCAGGUUUAAGGCUGCAGAAGCCCCCGUGCGAUGGGACGGCGUGUUCGAAGCGACGUACCGCGUGCGCUGCGCUCAGCCCGGCCAGCACGUCGACGCAGCGUGCUUGGUGCUCAAUGUGUUCGCGCCCGAGCACGGCACGUCGCACCCCGUGCUGGUGCAUCUGCACGCUGGACACUUUGCCACCGGAUGGGGAUCUCACAGUGGACCUCCGCGUCUCCUGAAUAUGGGCUUUGUAGUGGUGACGGUGAACUACCGGCUCGGUGCCGAGGGGUUCCUGUGCCUGGGCACGAGCGCGGCGCCUGGCAACGCGGGGCUGAAGGACCAGGUGGCUGCUAUGUCCUGGGUACAUGAGAAUAUUGACAAGUUCGGCGGCGACUCUUCGCAGGUGACCUUGUACGGGACGGGCACGGGCGCCGCCGCCGCCGAGCUGCUGCUCCUGUCGGGCGCCAUCGACGGCUACGUACAGCGAGUGAUCCUGGAGUCGAGCUCAGCCCUCGCGCCGACCUCGCUCGCCGCCGACCCCGUCGCCGCGGCGCUGGAUGUAGCUACAGAACUAGGCUAUGAGGACGAUCGCAUUAACACAAUAGACGACCUCGCUGUGUUCUACCAAAACAUCGCGGUUGCGAAAACACUGAAUCAUUCUAACAGAUUUGCACCCUGUGUCGAAAGUCUUGAAGAGUACUAUUCAGCUUUAUUGAUUAAAGACCCUAAAGAAAUUCUUCAAAGAGGCUUAUUUAAACCAGUUCCUCUUUUAAUAGCGUAUUCAAAAGAGAGGUUUUUAGACGAUGACGGGAUGUUCCAUAAUGUACCAAAUAGUUUCGAAGAUCUCCUGCCAAAUAAUUUGGAGUUCGAAAGUGACGAGAUGAAAUUUAAAAUUGGUGAGCAAGUGAAAGAGACUUACUUUCAUGAACUGGAGACGGGUGUGGGUAUAGUGGAAAAAUUUGAAAAUUAUAUAAAUGAUGUGUUCAUCGUGUACCCGAUCGUGAAGUCUGCCAUCUUGCACGUGGCUGCUAGUGGCUCCCCGGUGUACCUGAUGGAGUUUGUACCCCAUGGUGGAAGCAAUACCAUAUUUGAAUAUAUUUUUGGUAAAGAGGUCUUGAAUGAAGAAGAGGAAUUAAUUGCCGAAAAAUUGGUGGCCAUGUGGAGUAAUUUUUUGAUGUAUAGUGAUCCAACACCCUUGAAAACUACUCUAUUGCCUGUGGUAUGGCUGCCAGUCACCUUCCGGAUGAGAAACGAGAAGCCAGACAUCAGCUCCGCCUCGUGCCUCGUGUUUCAUCUCGGCCAGAUCUCUAUGUCAAUGGGCGUGCCCUCCUCCUUACACACAUUGCCCAUUUGGGAUCAUAUCUAUGAUAACUUCUAUAAGUCGCACACACCAAUGCUUGAGCUGUCGGAGAGUGAUGUCAUUAUGUAUAAUGAAGAGAUUGCUUUCAUUUCCCAAAUGAUUAAGCAAGCACCUAGGGUGCGGGGCGAGGGGUGCGGGCGGGGCGAGUCCUCGCGGCUCAUUAAAAUACCGCGGCGCCGGCGCAGCCCUCACGUGACGUCACAAGUUGCGCCGCAACACUCUUGUCUAGUCUAUUUCAAGAUUUACAAGACUUGA